AUGGCUGAAGAAUUGCGGUGCUUUGUUGGUGGUCUGUCGUACAACACGGACGACAGAGGGCUCAUGGAAGCUUUCAGUCAAUAUGGCGCCGUUGACGCCAAGAUCGUCAAUGACAGAGAAACCGGGCGAUCAAGAGGAUUCGGCUUUGUGUCUUUUAACGAGAAGCCCGGCAUGGAUCAAGCAAUUGAGGCAAUGAACGGCCAAAGUUUGGACGGUCUGGAGGCGACGGUGGCGCCGGCGGCGGCGGUUAUGGUGGCGCUGGCGGCUAUGGCGGGCGUCCAGGGGCUCCUGGCGGCGGUGGUUAUGGUGGUGGAGGUGGUGGUGGCGGGGGAGGUGGUGGAUACGGCGGUGCUGGUGGAUCAGGUGGUUAUGGAUGGUAGGGAGGCAGAGUACCGCGACGGGGUAGUUGCCGAGUCAGAAUAA